AGAGGGAAAGUUUGUGUAAAAGUUUGACGCUGAUGCAGUUAUGCAGCCGGAGGACAGAAGGGCGGCGGAGGCUUUGCCUCCGGGCUCUGGGUACCUGUCCACGGAUCGCUGCCUGGUUGCCGUGCACUUGCUGGCGACCCUGGCCGGCCUCAUGGCCCUGCUGUCGGCCGUGCUCCUGUUCCAGUUGCGGUGCCAGCAGCCGGGUGAGCUUCAGUCGCCGGUCCCCGGGGGGCUACCUCGGCGGCUGCUGCGCUCGGUCUCGCAGGGACUGGCAUCUCUCUCGGUCUCCCUGCACCUCUGCUGCCUGCUCCUGGCCCUGAUGCAAGGCUACCUGGCCGCCGAUCUCUGCGGGGGACAACCAGACAGACCUGACUGGAUUCUCUUGAAUAGCCGCCCUUCCCGCCAUGUGGCCCUCAGUGCGUUCUGUCUGGGUGUUAUCGUAUAUCUGGCAGCUUUCUCCAUUUACGUGUUGUUGGAGUUUGAGAAGGAGAGUGCAAUGGCGAGUGCUGGAGUCCUUGCCGCUGGGGUGUUGGUGCUCUUCAUCAUCAUCAUCCACGCUGUGGUGAAGGCUCGGUGCACUAACAGGAGCCGACUCCCAGAGCACAGCACCACCAUGUUCGAGAAUAACCGCGCUCCGAGAGGUGGCUGGCCAGAGCCGGAGCGUUCGGAUCCCCGGGCCGAGGACGAGGAGGAUGAGGAGUCGCGUUUGCCUGCCUUUCGCAGGGAGACAGCCUACGAACGCUACCGUGAGCAGAAAGCCUUUUACGUGGCCACGUCGGCAAGCCGAGCUGGAGCCACACCAACUGGACGGGACGGGUAUGGGCACUCCCGGGCGCUUUCAGCGGGACGCAGCAUGCCUUGCACUGGACCCUGGGACGGGGUGACACAUGAAAUGAGGCGGGUACUGGCACACAAGGGGACCGUCUGCCGGAAAGACUCGACACUAGUCUGAGCUCGGUGUCAACCAGCAGAGAUCAGACUGGUGUGGCGAUUGGCAACACUGGCGCAGAUCCCACAGAAGCAUGCAUGACCCCUUUAGCGAAGACUUCUUAAACCUAUUUCCUCCUCUGCUCCCCUACAACCUCACUGUUCAGGUCGGAGAGAGAUUUUGGCUUUGGCGUUGCAGGGUUCAGGCAGGGUAGGCAACAGGGUAUUUGGCAUGUCAGUCGAUGAACCAAACAUGGAGGAAAGGAGCAGAAGGAGAAGGAUGUAGGGAGAAUCAGAAUCAAACAAAGUUCAGAAGAGAAAUAAAGAGAGGGACAUGAUGAUUGGAUUAAGAAAAGGUUUGAAAGGAAAUGUAUACAAAAAAACUUCAAAAUCUUUUAACAAUUUACUAAAGGAAUGAGAAACUGGAGAUUUAACUAUUCUCUUCCAGGGCAGGAGAAGGUGAGCAAGAAUGUAAAC